AUGGAGACGCCGUGGGUUGAGAAGUACCGGCCAAAGGUGCUGAAGGACAUCGUGGGAAACGAGGAGACUGUGGAUCGACUCAAAGUGAUUGCAGAGGCCGGAAACAUGCCAAACCUCAUCAUCGCAGGGCCUCCGGGAACCGGAAAGACUACAAGCAUCCUCUGCCUGGCACGAGCGCUCCUGGGUGAAGACGUGUACAAGGAGGCCGUCAUGGAAACCAACGCAUCAGACGAUCGGGGUAUUGAGGUGGUGCGGAACAACAUCAAGAUGUUCUCGCGAAAGAAGGUGACGCUGCCGCCCGGUCGACACAAGAUUGUCAUCUUGGAUGAGGUGGACAGCAUGACAAGUGCAGCACAGCAGGCGCUACGCCGCACCAUGGAGAUGUAUGCCAACACGACGCGCUUUGCGCUCGCCUGCAACACCUCCGAGAAGAUUAUCGAGCCCAUCCAGAGCAGAUGUGCUGUCUUGCGCUACACGCGAUUGUCGGACGCACAGCUCUUGAAACGCCUCCUUGAAAUCUGCGACCAAGAAAUGGUGCCAAAAGUGGAGGAAGGAUUGGAAGCAAUCAUUUUCACGGCGCAGGGCGAUAUGAGACAGGCGAUCAACAACUUGCAGUCGACGUAUGCGGGGUUUGGGAUGGUGAAUGCGGAGAAUGUGUUUAAGGUGUGCGAUCAGCCGCACCCGCUGCUGGUACAGGCCAUUGUGGCCGCGUGCAUUGAGGGAGACAUCGACAAGGCGUACGGAGGAAUGCAAGAGCUGUGGGGAAUGGGGUAUGCGCCUGUGGACAUUAUCACUGUCUUCUUUCGCAUCGUCAAGCAAUACGACAUGCCCGAAUACCUCACCCUCGAGUUUGUCAAGGAGAUUGGACGCACACACAUCCGUGUGCUUGACGGCGUUGACAGCUUCAUGCAGCUGACGGGGCUGCUUGCCCGCCUUGUCAACAUCAGCAGGGCAGCAGCGACAACACACUCGUGA